AUGGUAACCAAGCUCAAAGUUCUCAAUCUCGGGAAUUGUCUAUCUUUGAGAAGAACUCCCGACUUGUCCGUUUUCGAAAGCUUGGAGAUUUUGAUUCUUGCAGAUUGUGAGAAUUUGAAAACGAUUCAUCCUUCUAUUGGGGACAUCAAGACCCUCAUUUCCUUGGAUGUCUCUAAUUGUAAAAGACUUCAGAAGCUACCGGUAGGAGUAGGUAGGAUGGUAAAAUUGAGGGAUCUUCGCAUUAAUGGCACUCAUAUACAAAAGAUUUCUAUUUCGAGAGGUUGUUUGAUGAAGCUAGAGACUCUAUGUGCCAGAAGUUGUGAACGACUUUCUCAACUUCCUAAAUCUAUGGGGUCCCUUGUCUCGUUAACUCUAUUGGACUUAUCUUGUUCAGAAAUUGAAGAAUUACCUGAAUCAAUUGGUUCUAUGAAGGACCUCAAGACUUUGAAUGCCUCUAAAUGUAGACGGUUAGCUCGCAUACCUAGCUCCAUAGGCAAUCUAGCAUCCCUACAAAGCUUGUUCUUAUAUUACUGCUCCUCAUUGACAGAGAUCCCUGACUCAAUUGGAAAAUUGGCAUCAUUGACCGAGCUGGACUUAGGAUACACAUCAAUUACGAAAUUACCUGAAAGCAUUGGGAAUAUGCCAAAUUUGAGGAUCUUGAAAAUUAUUGGAACUCACGUAACGGAAUUGCCUAAUGCCAUCGGGAAGUUGGCAAAACUCCAAAGGUUGGGAGCUAGAUUAUGCAAAAAACUAGAACGACUUCCUAGUAAUAUAUGCGAAUUGGUUUCGCUAGAGGAGCUUUCUUUAGACUUUUCAGGCAUUUCAAACUUGCCGGAAAGCAUUUCUAAGCUCUCUUCUCUUCAAGAGCUUGGUGUUGAAUAUUGUGAAAAGCUUCGAGAAAUACCAGAACUGCCCUCUGGCUUAACAGAUCUAAGGAUCAUCUGCCAGAGUCCGCCGUUGCCCCAUCUUUCCCAGCUAACCCGUCUCACGAAACUCACUCUUUGUAAUUGCCCCUGGCUUGAACGUGUCCCAGAGCUUCCCAUUGGACUAUCGCAGCUAAAUAUUAUAAACUGCGGAAAAUUGAAAGCGUUCACGAAUUUGUCAAACUUGAAGCACUUAUCAAUGAUUCUCUACAAUUGCUUUGAUCUCGCGAAAGUCACCGGCUUGGAAGGUUCACAUUGCCUAUCCAACUUACCUGCAGGGCAAUGCCCUAAGAUAUCUAGGGUUGAUGGGAUUGAAGAUUCUUCGACGUUGAUGAGCCCAAAUGCAUCUCAGCUCAAUGUAUCGCUAGAUCUUUCCGAUUCAAAGAUUCUGCAGAGAAUGGACGCCGGAGCAAGUUGCGCGAAUUCAGUUGAAAUCCAAGACCCUGGUGGAUCAAAAUCCUCUCAAGUGUCGGAUAUCCUUAAGUGCACGUCCGCCAGACGAUUGCUAGACUUUUCUAGUUUUAAAUACCUGAGUAGCCUUACUGUUUUGAGUUGCAAUAGUGUAACUGAAAUUCAAGGCCUCGAUGGAUCAGAAUCCUUGACAUUUUUGUGUUUUGGCUGUUGCUCUUCCCUUAGAUCAGUGGACCUCUCGAACGAAAGGUUGGAGUUGAUGAUGUUCCUGCGGAAGUCUAAUGGUUGCUCCUUUGCUGUGACAGCAAUGCUGCAGCAGGCUACGCAAUAUGUUGACCAGACACCUGAUGUUGAGACCAAGAUAGAGCUUAUACGACACUUGACUCUGUCGCCGCUGGGAAGGUACAAACUUUUGGAGCAACGGCAAGGACGGACAAAAUUGCCUUUAUUUUUGAACAAGUAUGGGUUUUUUGUUCGUCUGUGCAUAGAUCUCCAGGAUUAUGUCUGUUCACAUAUCCUUUCCAGGAAGAUUGGCCCCCGAGUGUUUGAUACAGAUCCUUCCAAAGAGAAGAAAAAGCCUAAAGAAGGUGAAAACAUUGUGGAACAAGCGCCAGCUGAUAUUCCGUCACUUCUGGAGUUGAAAUGGAUAUACUAUGAUUCAUGGGUACGGUAUAGGUAUGAUUCACAUAACAAUGAUUACCUUGAGAUUUGUCGAUACUAUAAGGCGAUAUAUGAGAUUCCAUCAGUGAAGGGCAACCCGAAGCAGUGGAUACCGGUUGCUGCUGAAACAAUUGGUCACAAUGGAGAAUAUAUUGUCGUUCCGAAGUAUUACUCGAGGAUUACCUUGAAGAUACUUGCAGAGCUGUUGUGCCUCAUCAUCCAGGGGGAUCAUAUCUGGUCCUCGGACUGA